UUCAAAAAUUCGACUUCAAUUUUAAAAUUAUAUUUAAAUUUUCUAAAAAACCCAACAAAACAUUAAGCUCAAGCGGAAUGUUUCGUCCAAUAAACAUUAUGUUGAUUCGCGGUGCGCAAAGGCACUUGUACGAGGCACCACUGUGCUGCAACAAAUACAGUUUCCAACUGAAUCCAAAGACUAUUGCCGUGUGGUCUCAGAAGAAGAAGCAAAAGACCACCGCAUCAAAAGAGGCGUCUGCCCUUGUGGUUUCAGAAAAACAGCUUAAUAGCCGCGAAUCAUUGAAGAUGAUGAAAGAAAAUAGAAAAAACGACAUCGAACAGAUGUCUACUGGCCCGUUUAAGGUUACUGAAUAUAGUCAGGAGGCCACCAAAGUGAACUCGCAGAUUCCCAAAGAUGACACGAAACUGAAACUAAGCCGCCGUGACUUUUUGCGACAGAUGUACAAGGAUAACCGAAUGAACCUAAUAGAGAAGAAGCCGUCCGCCGGUAAGCAAAUGGACUCAGCAAAAUCCACUAAAGAGUUUUUAAGUCCUGCUCGCUUGGAAUUUGUGAAUUUGAUGUGGAAAGAGCGCCAAGAAGAGAUUGAGAAGCGAAAACAGGAGACAGACAAGAAGUACGUCUCCCGAUUCGAGAUGAAUGCGGGCCGGAAGGAGAGGAUUAUAUAACCAGUCGAACACUCUAACUAGCUCUCUCUCCUUGACACACUUUGAGUCCCAGACAUUCUUAAGACUUAUCAUUUUCACGUUGAAAUAGUUAAUUGUACAAAUUAAUGCUAUCAUUCGACACAGAGCCAACAGAGCCAUCCAGAAUAAAAGAACUGAAUGAACAGCAAA